AUGGCACAAACAGCUCCAGCUCCUCAUAGCCCUGCCGAAGUGCCUAAGAGGCCAAGAGGCAUACUCAAGAACUCCAGCUCGUUCCAACAUGCCUCGCCAGAGGCACGCAUCUCGCCUACCUCCGAAAGCACAUCGGCUAUGCACGAGUCACCCACGAUCAACAGUUCAGAGCGACCGCAGCCGCAGCGCGAGAUGUCUGAGAAGGAGAUUGUGCAAAUGAACACGGAACUGAAUGCCGGUGGCCAUCGCCGGAACUCGUCAAACCCUCGCGGAAGUGUAUCGCGGCGGCAGAGCUCGCAUGGUGGGCCUUCGGAGGAUGGGCAGACCGAUGAGCACAAUGCGAGGUUGAAAUGGGACGAGGCGAAUCUGUAUCUGAACGAAGGUCAGAUGGGCGGCAAGAUGAAGAUUGAUGAGCCCAAGACGCCGUUCGUGCAUUCUGCUGAUGUGGUAGAGGACGAGGAGGAGUCAAGUGCGAUCAAUGCUCAAGACAUUGCUGUCGACGAGCUAGAAAUGGAAAAGUCAAAGUCGAAACCGAAGAAGAGUGCUGGUGAGGACAUUCCGGGUCUGGAUAUUGGCGAGCCAGAGAUGGAAGCCAGGAAGCGUCGUGAGAGCGACAGUGAUCGGAAGGUCACUGUGGGUAGCGAGGACAUGGAUGUUGAUGGUUUCCACCACGGCGAGCAUGAGGAGAGUAUGUCAAAGGAUGAGCUGGCCAAGCAUAGGAAGUUCGAGGAGAUGCGGAAGAAGCAUUAUGAGAUGAAGAAUAUCAAGGAUAUGCUGGGCCAUCCCGAGGCGGAAGACGAUGAGAUGGACGAAUGA